CACAACGCAUUUCGAACAGAUUGUUUGGAUACAAUCUUAACCAUACAACGCUAAAGCCUGAAGGACUUCAUUGAAUAUCGUCGCCGCAUCCUUUCAACUCGCCUAUAACGUACUACCAUGCGGAAAUCAAUGUCUAUCGCUAUUUGGAUUUUGGCAGUAAUAUCAAUUUCCAGGAAUGUCAACACUGAACACAACUUAGUGCAACAACAUAUCGAAAGGAAGAAAGCACUUGCACAAGACUCGCAACUCGUGGAAAUAUCGUACAUCUCAAAGCCAAGUGUAUCUGCGAUAGACGUCUCGUGUCGUGCGCCGAUUGCAGCUCUUAGUUUCAAAAUCGUGUGCCCGGCACUUGACGAUCCACCUGAUCUUGAAAAUUCCCGUAGUUCAAAUGACGCCGGCGAAUGCAACUCGGAUGACGAGUAUUUCCAAGGUCGUGGUUGUUCACACAGAGUUCGUAGAAUCCUUUCGAAGCAAGCCGAAAAUUUCGCUAAUUUCACCUGCUUUUGCUGGAUAAAAGAGCAAGCAUUGCCGGAGAAUGUAAAAAGCAAAGCUUCAGUUGAUAUUAUCAAUCAUGGGAGCGAAACAACCACAAAGACGUUUUUGCGAAGACGAAUUAACGAAGAGAAGAACAUCCAUCUUGUUUGCUCCAUAACUGGCUAUCCUCAGCCGAAAAUUACCUGGUAUAAAAAUCAGCUUCUGCUGAAUACCAGCGAGAUUACCGUCAUCAAGAACGUGAGAUAUCGACAAAAAAAUCGUAGUUUAGUCAUAAGUAGGACUGAUUUAAGUGGUUCUGGAAGUUAUCAAUGUUUAGCCAGAAAUGCUGCUGGAAUGGAGAAAGGGGGAAUUUAUGAAGUUGAAUUUUAUGAACCCGAAGCUAUCUUUAAAAAUGGAUCCAAGCGACAAAUUAAAAUUAAGACAAAUCAUUUCUCGGUCAAUCACAUUGCUACAACUGAAAUAUCGAAAAUUCCAAGCGUAACCGUCAAUACCAGGAAAACAACAGAGGACACUGUUGCCGAUUUCAUUAAAGCAAACAAUAAAACUUUGUAUGAUAACAAAGAAGAAUUAGAUAACGAAAGUGAAAAUAAAGGAAGCAAGUUUGUGCUACACCCUGCUGUGAUACCAGCAGUUGGCUCUGCAUUAUGUCUAAUUUUUUUUGCAAGUAUACUUGCUUCGAUCAAAUAUCAACUUCCAAACAUCCUUAAAAUACUGCAUGUAUUAAAUGGUGCAGAUACAAGACGGUCAAAUUCGGUUACUCGUCAUGGUCCAGACUUUUAUCCUUUUCAAGCGGCACCAGUUUACAAUAUUUACAAUCAAAAAUCCGUUCCUAACCAAGAUGAUCCACUUUAUGGUAAACUAGUGGCGUUGCCCGAUGUGAUUUCUAAACCAGAAAAGGACGACGAAAUCAUGAAUAUAUCAGGAAAUUCAAGCAUCCAGGAAUAUCAACGCGAUCCUGAAGCUUCAUUUCCUUCUUCGUCAAGUUUUCUUCGCGCUUCUAGUUUUCAUGAUCCAGAAAAAACCUGCGCUUUAAAUACACCAUGUAAACACAGUAUAACAUCGUCUGAUCUAGGUGAAACGUCAUCAAAACAGCGUGAUAUUCUGAACUCCUCCGGAUCGUUUAACUCAUUCUCUGAAUAUUAUCCACCUGAUGGAUUUACAUUCUGCCCCACAGCCGACCCCUUUUCUGAUAGUGAAAGUUUCGAUGCUACUAAAGAUGAUAUUUCAACAAACUCAAAGACGUCAGCGCUGUUGAAUGGGUUGAUUUCAGUUCCUCCAAAUGCUGAUGAAAGGUACUUUGCAAGUUCUCUGAUUAACCAUACUGGAGGUGAAGUCGCCUUACCUGGCACCGGAAUAAGAAUGGUUAUUCCAGAAGGAGCUUUAGAUUUCGGAAGAGAAGAAGUAAUUCAACUCGCAUUGACGGGAAAUUCAGAUUUUAUUCCGAAACAAUUUAGAGCCAGUAUGCUCACUCCAGUCGUAAUGUGCGGUCCACAUGGAUUACGAUUCAAAAAACACGUUCUUCUCAUCUUGCCCCACUGUCUGGCGGUUGAUGAUGAACUGCAGAGGGAUUUUAAAGUUCAUUGCAGUGACACAGCGCCAGGCGAUGUUCCUGACUGGAAAGAGGUUUUCGACGCAAGGGAAGAAGAACAAAAAGAUGUGUUCUGUCACAUGGAAAAGCAGCACUUCAGUCUCUUUGUUCAACACUUCUCGUGGUACGUAAUCGAGGGUAGAGGACGUGCAAAAAACUUCAAACUCGCAGCGUAUCAUACGAGCUUUCAUCAACCAAAUGAAGAUUUUAAAGUGAGAAUCUAUUUCAUUCCAAGUAUAAAAAAUUCCACUAUCAAUCAAGAGGACGUAGAAAAAUGUGAAAAAAAGCUCAAAGGAACUCUCUGUGAUGGCGAAAAAACAAAGAUAUUUUAUGAAAACAGCGGUGAUAUCAAAAUCAAGGCCCUUGAAGUCAGUGAAGGAUGGAAGAUACGAGGAGAAAGUACACAGAUUGGAGGGUAUGAAGAAUUGUGCCACUGCCACGAAGCUGCAUCUCCCAACCUGACUUUUGUCUUUGAACACGUGGAUGAGAGACCGAAAAAAAUCUUUUGCAAGUUCAGGGCUACUCAAGAUGCUUGUAAAUUUGAUAAACCUGUUGAUAUUACCCUGUCGGUGAAUUUUAAGGCGGAGAUCAAAAGAGCACAAAUGAACGCGUCUACCGAAGCUGGAUUUUCCUCUGUGUCUUCCUCAGGCUACGCUGGAUCCGGUGAAAACACAACCGUGGCAUUCAUUCCGACAAGACUUCGUAAAGACUUGAGAGAGUUGUUAGAUGUAGAAAUUGUCGGUAUCGAAAAUUAUACGAUGUUAGCAGAUCGCUUGGGUUAUGACCUGCAGUUCAUACGAUGGUUGGGGUCGCCGAAAAUACAAAGUCCAACAGAUACGCUUCUCAUGAAAUGGGAGAAUGAUCAGGGAAGCAGAAGUCCGAGAGAUGCAUUACGUCAUCUUCAAGAAACACUUUCCAAAAUGAAUAGAGUGGACGCUGUGGAGAAAAUACAGGAAUGUUUCGAUGAAUUUCUUAUCGGAAAGGAAACGACGGUGUGAAGUUGAUUAGAGCUGCACAAACGACGGUAGCUUAUUAGACUUUCGCCCUCUUCCGUCUUGAAUUCUAAGAAACGACUAACCUCAGAAACACGUCAUUCGAUUUUUUCAGGGGUAAUCCUAAGAAAAAGAUCAGAACUGCCCAUUUUAUAGCUGCUUUAAGGUCCAACAUGCGUUGUUGGCACGAGUCUUCCUCUCCAUUGUAAUGGAUAGCGCAGCAUUCUGAGAACACUUUCGAGAAAAAAAAAUUAAUAUAACGAAAAAUCAAUAGUAAAUUUUGUGAAAUCACAAUUAUUAAUCUGGGAAGUAACUAAGUCCAGUUCUUCAUCGAUGCUUCCUAUUUUCUUUAAAAUAAACUAUAUUGGGAAUUCAACAUUUUAUAUUCAAAACUCAAUUUUUAGAACUGCCUAUUUUAGGCUUUAGAACUACUCAUUUUCCAAUUAAACCUGCCAUGCAUUUUGGAAAAUGGGAGGACUUAGGAUGACCCCUGGGCUUUUUACUUUGUCGUGGACAAACUUUGCGUUGAUAUACGUAAGUGUAAAUAAGUGUAAAUCCAUAGGCGAAGAGAUUUUCAGGAUAAGUUUUCUCGACGCAUUUUUUGAUCUUGUAAAAAUUAAUCAGGCUUAUUUUUAUGUUUUUUUGCUUAAAUGUUUUAUAUUUCA